AGGAGGGGGCAACUCGCCAACUCCCGUGGAUGGAACAAAUCUGAAGCCGAAGUGCAGACUAGGAUACUUCAAAUUUUUGUAAUUGGGAACCCUAAACCCCCAAAGCCUUUGACUUUGUUCAAUCCUUCGACAUGAGUAUGACCCAAUUCGCCAUGGUUGAGGAGUUGGCUUUUCUUGUCAAGGACAAUCUUCCUUGCAAGCAUUUAGUUCUCACAAUGGAAGAAGCACUGGUUAACUUUCUUCAGGAUGAUGACACUAGUUCAGAUGGAAUCUUGGAAUUGGAGCCAAUGAACUCUUACAACCGUCUUUUAUUGCAUCGCCUUGCUGAGAUAUUUGGGUUUGCACAUGAAUCGGUUGGUGAAGGAGAUGAUCGCCAUUUGAUUCUGGAAAGAUGUCCAGAUACGUCCAUACCUCCAAUCCUUGUUAGUGAUAUCCUAUGGAAGUAUGAUGAACCACAAUCUUUGGUUACAUCCCACCAAAUAUUAAGGAGAAGUGUAGCCUCUCCAGAUUCUUGUUCUGUUUUGUGGGCCUUAAUUCGUGUGCUGCAUAUUUUAGUCUCGCAGAAAAACACAGCAUCCCUUUCACAGUCACUGGAGGAGAGAAAAGCUGCUUAUUUAAUUGCCCGUGAGCGAAUUUUCUCUAUGAAGUUGGAAGAGGUAAAAGAGCCUGGUGAACAAAAGCCGCGGAGUGUGCCUGUGGUUGCCCGCAGAAUGAUUGCCCAUGCCCUCGGUCAAAGAAUCCAUACAAAGAAUCAGAAUGACUUGGCUAGUGAUAGUAUGAAGGAUGGAGUCCUCACAGAUGAAUUGAGUGCACAAGAUAAGAAUCAGGAAGGGUCCACUCUCAAGAAAGUUUCUGAAGAGUCUUCACACCUAAGAGGGAAUUCAAACAACAGAAUAAGAAACAACAGUUCUAAUGCAGCCACACUUAAUAAAAGGAAGGAUCAAACAACAGUUGACAAAGAUUUGCCACAAUUCUCUGCAGAAAGAAAACAAGGGCUAAGUGUAAGUAAAGACUACAUGAAAAAGGAGCACUUGGGAGCUGCAAAGAGAAUGUUUGCUCAUGCUUUAGGAGUGCAUUCUGGGAAGGAUGGUUCUGUUCCUAGAAGUAGAAGUGGAGAAAUAAAGAAGAAUUAGAUGAAAAGGUUGUGAAAUAUUUAAAUCAGAAGGGCAUUCUGUUGCUCCAAAUGGACCUGGAUAGGUGCUCCCCAAGUCUCAAUCAAGAGCACAAAGGUGAGAGAUGAGCAUGCUUUACUCAGGAGAUUCAUGCAAAAGACUAUCGUAGUAUAGUGUUGGUUGCUUAGUUCUCUCUGAUUGUACUGGAGAAUUUCCAAGCAGCCAAGUGAAAGGGCAUAUUGAAAAAACUAUCCAGAAUCAAGUUUCACCUGUUUUGGAGUGAACAGGUUAUGGUGUUUUGGCCCCUCAUCUAUAUGUUGUUGUAAGAUAUGGUAGUUCCAGAUUCAUUUUACUGUGUUUAGUUUAUUCUGUCAAAGUGAUGGUUUUCGUUAUGGCUGUUCCCAGGGGAUGAUUUCCCCUAUCAUAGCGGGUGUUAUGUAUAUAAUAUUUAAAAUCUCAAAUUUCUUGUGUCAUGUUUAGAAAUUCCAAAUUUCUUCCUCGUUUCCCUUCUAUUGUUA